AUGGAUAGGAAUUCUUAUCCAAUAAACGAAAAUAAUUAUUAUUCGCAAAACAACAACAACAACAACAACAACAAUAACAAUAACAACAACAACAACAACAGUAGCAACAAUAGUAACAACAAUAUGAAUUCAACAUUAGUCCAUCCACAUAUAACUGUAGGAGGUAGAUCGUCAUCACUUGGGAGUUCACCAAAUCAGCAAUCUAUUAAUAUGUUUUCUAAUUUACCACAAAUUAAUAUUUUAACUCCACAUCUCCUUCCAGGUGCACCAGCAUCUUCAUCUUCAUCUUCAUCUGCAGCAAACACACCACAACUUUCAUCUGUAUAUCGAACCCCAUUUUCAUCGUCAUCCACCCAAACUUCACCAUCCCCAUUCGAAUCAACUAUACCACUUAUAAAUACAAAAUCAAUUAUUCCAUCAGCAUCGCAAUUACAAUCUCAAAAUAUAAGUAUUAUCAAUUCAAUUAAUAAUAAUUUUGGAAAUAAAGAUAAUGGUGGAUUCGAAGAUAAUGUUUUUAUAAGUAGUUCAUCAUAUAAUCAUAGUCAAGGUGAUAAACAAAAUAAUAUUAAUAUUAAUAAUAACAAUAGUAAUAAUUCACCACAACAUUAUCAAAAUAACAACCAUAACAAUAAUAAAAAUAACUCUUCUCCAAGUUCAUCACCACAUUCACCAAAUUCUUUUGGAGAGGAUUCUGAUUCUGGUUCAUCAUCUCCAUCAUCACCAACCCAAAAUUUAAAUGGCCAUAAUAAUAUGAAUGUUAUCAAUCAUCCAAAUAUGAUAAAUUAUUUUAAUUAUAAUAACCCAAACAAUUUAGUAAAUAGCCCAAAUAAAAGUAUUACAACUGUAAAUAAUAAUAACAAUAUGAAUAUUAAAACUGAAAAUGAUAAUAAUAAUAAUAAUAAUAACAAUAAUAAUAACAAUAACAAUAAUAAUGAUAACACUAAUAAUAUAACUAAUGGUGAUGAAAAAGGUUUCGUUUUCCCAUCACAAGCCAAAUCAACUACAACAUUAUUUGGUGUUAUGCCAAACGAGCAAGAAACUUGGAUUGAAAUAAGAGAUCUUAGUUCACAAAUUUCAAAGAUGGCAAAGUCCAGUCUUACAAAUGGUAUUACCGAAGAAAUGUUAAAUGAAAUUAAAGAAAAAGGAAAAGUUUUAAUGAAUAUGAUCGAUACAGUUACAAAGAAAGAGAAGUUGGAAAGAGCCUAUAGCGAGGAAGAUAGAAAUAGAAUAUUCCCACCAUUAACUAGACCCAGAAGAUUUAGAAAGAAGAAGAAGCCAAACGCUACUGAAAAUCCACCAGUCGAAAAAGUUAAAAAGAAAUCAGAUACUUUAUUUUGCCGUUCAUGUGGUACAACUCAAACACCAGAAUGGAGAAAAGGACCAGCAGGAGGAAAAUCAUUAUGUAAUGCUUGUGGCCUUCAUUAUGCCAAGUUGAUAAAAAAAGAGGUUCAAUUAAAAACAGAAGCAUCAACCUCGAUGAAUUUGACCACUUUACUUAAUUAAUAUCAUCAAAAAAAAUUUUUAAUUCUAAUUAUUAAUAUGCACACUCUAAGUUUUUUAAUAAAAUAUUAAUAGUUAAUUUUAUAUCC